CAGAGGGACAGAAGUCUUCAGUCAGUUUGUUGAUCGUCUCCAUCAGAGCAAACUCAGGAUGAAGAUCCAACAGGUCGUCUUCUUGGUCUUGUUGUCAGCUCUGUGUCCUGUCACCGCCAAACUCAGCAUCUUCUCUGGAGCUACAGGAGGAAAUGGGACGAUUUCUUGUAGAUUCACAGUGCAUGAUGACAAGAAGUUCUUCUGCAAGGAUGACUGUAAAGGAGAGAAUAUUCUUGUUCAAACGGAUGGUGUCAUUGCUGCAAAUGGCAGAUACAGCAUGAGUUACACAGAGGUAUCCAAAGCAGGAAGUAGCUCUGAGAAGAGCAAAUUGGCAGUGACCAUCAGAAACCUGAUGAAGUCUGACUCAGGACGCUACAGGUGUGGGAUCGGAGAGACCAACGCUCCACGGGAUUUCUCAGAUUUUGAGGUCAGAGUUGUUGAUGAUCCGGUUCAUGGAAACACUUGGUUUGCUUAUACCAACCUUGAAGGAGAAAACAUCACACAUGGAUGCAGUAGUGAUCCAGUCCCUGGAGGCUGGAAGUUCCUCUGUAGAGACAACUGCAGUAAAAUAGAAGAUGUUCUCCUUGAAACCAAUAAUGCUGCUCAGAGCAGCCGAUUCAGCCUUGAAUUUAAAGAAAAUUCAGUGUAUGGGCUGUAUGUGACGAUCUCAAAUGUGACCAGGUCUGACACUGGAUGGUACAGGUGUGGAUACGGCAGAGCGCUGUCUUCAGCUUCAUUCAACACCUUCCCUCUCAUCGUCAUCCCUGAUCCCAGUUCCACUGAGAGUCCCCCAGUGACAACAGAGGAGGCCUCUGACACUGAGGAGCAAUGCAGCAACUGUCCAUCAGACGCUAUGCUGUACGUCGUCGUGGUUCUGGCCGUCAUCAUCAUCAUCUUGGGGCUGGCGCUGACUCUCGUUUGUGUUCAGAAGAACAUCACACCCCAUGAUUUGAACAGCAGAGGAUGCAGAGACGACGUGAACAUGGAGGUCCGGUCUAAUGACUACCAUCCUCUUGUCCCAGGCUGUGAAGUGAGAUGAGGAUCUACGAGAAUCUGGAUCUGGCCAAAAAGGACCAAACCUACUACAACUUGGGCUGAAAAUCACAGGGUGCUGCUGGGUCUAGUCCCGAAGAUACUGAGUCCUAUUCAGCCAGUUUACACAGAAAGACAUCAGACAGAGCUUCAGUCAUGAGGAGGGGGAUUCAGUAAAAUCUAGACCUGAUUAGCUACACAAAAAAAAAAAAAAAAAAACUACCUAAAAAGUCUCAAUAGGUUAAACAUCUUUGAUCAGUCAUGGUCCAGAUCUCUGUUCAAUAAUAAUCCAGAUCUCUGUUCAAUCGUGGUCCAGAUCUCUGUUCAGUCAUGGUCCAGAUCUUUGUUCAGUCAUGGUCCAGAUCUUUGAGCAGUCAUGGUCCAGAUCUUUUUUUCAGUCAUGGUCCAGAUCUUUGAGCAGUCAUGGUCCAGAUCUUUUUUUCAGUCAUGGUCCAGAUCUUUGAUCAGUCAUGGUCCAGAUCUUUUUUUCAGUCAUGGUCCAGGUCUUUGUUCAGUCAUGGUCCAGAUCUUUGAUCAUUCAUGGUCCAGAGGCCUGUACGACGAAGCUGGAUUAACAAGUCCAGGAUAUCUCUCCGUUAGCAGGAUUGAUUUAUCAAGACAUUUGCAAUCCGGAUCAGCUGUACGACGAAGCCGGCUAUCAACUCGCUAAUUGCAGCCAGAGUUUUCCAAGCUGGAUCAGUGCGCGCUCACGUAAAAGGGGUGGUGUUUGCAGCGUCUGACCAAUCGCAAACAUGGAGAAACCCUGCAUUUCUCAAUGGAGGAACAGACUAUCAUUCUUAAAAAUAUGAGGAAUUUAAAUCAAUCAUCCAGGCCAGAAGCAACACUGUCGCUGCAGCAAAGGCAAAGAAAACUGCCGACUCUGUUUAUACGUUAAUUCGUCAGAUUAUACAAUAUUAAUUCAUCUGACAAUAUAAACGGACAGCACUCUGAUCACUCAGUUUCACUUUAUUACAGCACAGAUGUUUGAGGCAGAGCUUCCUCAGUGAAUUUUUUUUAAGAUUUAUUUUUGGGCUUUUUCAUGCCUUUAUUUGACAGAGGAAGGACAGUGGAUAGAUUUGGAAACAGGGAAGAGAGUGAGGAGAGACAUGUGGUAAAGGGCCACAGGCCAGACUCGAACCCAGGCCACCCGCAUACAUGGGUAGCGCCUUAAACCACUCAACCAUCUGCGCUCCCUCCUCAGUGAAUUUUGUGUUUUAAUGUUAAUUCCUCACCGUGACGACACAAGUAGUUGUGCAUUUCAUUAAUCCAUGUGUCUGCAGUAAAGGUCUUUUCACACUGGGUCCGUGAUUUUCGGAUGCGUUUUUUUCGGAUUAAUCCGAAAAAACGUCACGCACUCGGACCUUGCACACUGGGUCUGAUACGUUUUUAUUUGCCUUCACUGUGAAAAUUCGUAAAAGGUGGUAAAUAGUUUCGUACUGCGAGCCUGCGUCUCUGUCACUUCUUUAAAAUCCUGCUGGAUCCAUCCUGAAACAGAGCUUCAUUCAGCUCCCAUUCAUGCGUCAGAGAGCUGAGACAAGUUGGACAGAUGGAGGUCAACUUUUAAUUCAGUCUCUGAGUAGGCAACAAAUGUAGCCUGUGCCUUUAUCUGUUAUAUUUCCAUAGCUGAUAUCCACAUGACACACCUGCAAACUACGGUGUUUUAAGUGAGGUUUCGGGAGUGGGAGAGAGGGAGGAGUUGGACGGGGGUGAGUGAGCGAGAGAGAAAGCAACAGGUGCUGAUCUGAAUCACCUAUCACCCAUCUAUCAGUUAUAUUUCCAUGGUUUAUAUCCACAUAAUAAUUGAGUAAACUUUGGUGUUUAAAGUGAGGUUUCAGGGUGAGAGAGAGGGAGGAGGGGUCCGGUGAGGGUGAGCAAGCCGAGGAGGAAGUAGUGGAAAUUGUUUUGAAUCAUCACUCACCCAUUUAAAUAGCUUGGACUGAUGUGAAAUUUCGCAUAAAAUUGAGCCUGUUCCGAACAAAAAAAAAAAAAAAGACGGAUGAAAAUUUCAGCAUGACCAUUAUUAUUAACCCCAUUAUUUCAGAUGCUACCUUAGUGGAGCAGAAAGGACUUGGGAACAAGUGAAGAUCAAAUAUAAAAACAUACAUCAAAACAGGGAGGGACAAGGCUUUAUUUCUCCACACUGUCUCUGUUGUAUGGAUGAAAUCACCAGAAUUUAUCUAUCAUCCAUCCCUAAAUAUUCUUUCUCUCUUAAGCGCUCUUCUCUUCUUCCGUGCACCAACCAGGAUCUUCUAAGAAUGGGCAGGCCAUUUUCCCAGAGAACUGAUUGGUCAGGAGGCGGUGCUUUUAUUCUCGCUGAUCUCUUAUCCAGAACAUAACCUGCUCUGGAGCAGGGUAGCCAUUCAGCAUAAUUUACCGCGGUGAUUUAUCCCAGUAAGAAGUGGGCCAGCUUCGUUGUACAGAAAAUCCAGGGUUAAUCCUGAAGUUGUCUGGAUAAAAGAAAAUACAGCUUCGUCGUACAGGCCUCAGGUCUUUCUUCAAUACUUCCAUACUUUUUAGGUAAAUGACAGAAACAGAAACAGCUACACAUCUGAUUUUAUGAGAUUCUGAGUAUAAAAAGCACCGUUAGUGCUAUCUUCCUCUUACACUCGUGUUUUUUCAUUUUCUGUUUUGGAAUGUUUUUAGGAGAACCCCAUCACAGUGUUAUGAUCAUUUACCUACCCAGAGUUCCUUGUUUUCGUUUAAAUUAAAAGCAGCUCUCUCUGUGGGUUGUUUUGCUUUUGGUCUUGAGCUUUUGUUUCACUGAUUGAUUUUCUGAUUGUUUCUGCACAUUAAAGAACAUUGUAGACCCUUGUUUUUUAGAGUGCUGUACAAAUAAAGUU